GAGGGCGAAGCAAAAAAGUUUUGGCAUUAGAUCUACCUAUAUCCAAAACAGGACAAAAAUAACCCGAAGUUAGCACGAGGACAGAGCCGUAUCAAAGCAUCCUAAUUGUGGACAUUUGAUCCGCCUAUAUAUUGAACGCGGGAAAUAAUAUGUUUUACGGCGUGACCGUGUUUGAGGGCGAAGCAAACAAAUUUUGGCAUUGAUCUACAGUAUAUCCAAAACAGAACAAAAACAACCCGAAGUUAGCACGAGGACGGAACUGUAUCAAAGCAUCCUAAUUUUGGAUAUUUCAUCCGCCUACAUAUUGAACGCGGGAAAUAUAACGCAAUUGAUGUAAACAGUACAUUGUGACGUCAUAUUCAGUGUCGUUAUUUAGGAAAUUUACAAGCAUAGCGUUUGAACCACAACAAACAUGGCGUUAAUCGUGGAGUGAUUAUAUAUGAUUAAGAAAAUAAGAUUUACAUGCUUUUACGAAUUUUAUGUAACAUCUCAGAACGACGUGAACUAGGGUAGACGAGAUUCAAAAUGGAGAAAUACAUGUCCACGCGAUAAUAUUCGAAUCGACGCCAUUAGUACCAAAAUUUUCAAGUUCCAUAGUGCUUGAGCUUGCCAUGUCUACAAGACCAUCACAUGAUAAUGUAAUCAACAGCCUGGGUGUCAAUAUGGCUGCAGCACUGGACCAAAUAAUGACAGUCCAAGGGCAAUCCUAUGAUGAAUUUCUGGAAGGUUUUACUUACCUGAAUAAAGAUGAACUGAAGAAAGAGAUGAUCACCCCAGCAUCAAAGAUGCGUGAGAGACCACAGUUAAGCAAGAUGAAGGAACUGGAGGAGAAGGAUGAAAGUUUAACAAAAUCAUUGGCCAUGAAUAGCAGUAAAUCUGCUGAUGAAAAAGAACCAAAUUAUGAUGAAUUGGAAGAAGAGUUACUGGAGGAUGGAGAGAGGACAAGCAUAAUGUCGCAGAAAUCACCAACUGGAUCUGACGUGACAAGCAGGCUUAAGUUUGACAAUUUUGUAAUGGAUGAGAUCUCUGAUCACGGGGAGUCUGAUGACGCAGAAGAUUUCAUCUCAGGGGGAUACCAAGCGAGUUUCUGUCCGGAGUCAUCUAGUGAGUCUGCUAUUGAAGGUACAGAUCUAAAAGGAAAUUCUAUGGAAGAAAGGACACCAGAUCUUGAUGAGCAAAAUGUAGAUAUUGACAAUCUCCUUCAGGACAACAGUGAUAAAUUACAAGUCCGAAACAUUCCUGUCAAAUUUGGAAAAACUGGUUUUCAAAUCAACUCUGCUGAUCAUGAAGGUGUGCGGUCCUCUGAAAAAACUGUAUCUCUUAUUGACUCUAAUAGUUCAGCUAGUGAACUUGAUCCUCAGGGGGAGUGUGCACAAUGUUCUGAACAGCUAAGUAGUGAGGACAGAGUGAGAGCUCCUCCUUCUGAUACUGUUUUAAAUCCUGGAGAAGUGGAGGAUCCAGGAUCUCCGAAGGUGAUCAAAGUAAAAGACAAGGAGCGGAUUCUAGAUUUCUCAGCCACUUACAGAACUGAGGUGGUUGUAACUGAGGAAUCUACAGAGGAGUGUUCAGAUGAGGUGGCUGCUUUUUGCCUAGAUGAGGACUUUGAUUAUGACAAUGUUGUGCUGACUCCAAAAUUUACUACAGAGGAAAUUGAAUUCCUGAAAAGUUGUCGAACAUGAAAUAGAAAUUAGAAUUUUGCAUACCUGACUGUUAUACAAGAUCUCAAUAGUACAUUCAGGGUAAAUAAAAAUUAAUGAUAUCAAUCAUAUUUCAAAAUAUUUGUAAAACAAGUAAAUUCAUAAACUACUGCAUUUACAAAAUUGCAACAAUUCUAUAAUACACCAGUUCCGAGAUAUCAGCUCUUCUGUGACGGAGGUACGUUCAGUAUUCUGUUGAAUGCUUGAAUGGGUACAAGAUGUAUGCAUAUAUUAUAGAAUAGCUAUGUAAAUAACAAUAAUAGUUCUGAAAGUGUAAAUUUUGUUUAUAUCAGCUGUUGGUAUACAUUUUACUGACCAUAUGAUUAAAAGAAUAAUAUUUGUUUGAAUUAGGCCAUUAAAUUAUAUAUUAAUUUA